CCGCUCCCCCAUCUUUGAAGUCCCGGGGAGAAAAAGGAAGAGGAGGAGGGAGGGAGGGGAAGACGGAGUUGUGCAGCUGCUGCCGCCGCCGCUGCUACAGCUGGCUCUCCGAGCCUCUCCUGCGCCUCCUUCUCCUUCGUUCCCCCCUUCAUUCGACCUCGCUGCCGGAGCCCGGAAUUGUUGGGAGCCUAGCAUCCUUGGACAAAGUUCUCCCCGCCCUUUUCCCGAAGAGCAGAGGUUGUUUUACCCUUGAGGCUCACACCUCAGUCUCCCAAGGAAUAGUUGUGUGGCGGACUGUAUAAAAGUUAAUGUUUUCAUCCACUCGGACAAAGGAGAAUGGGGACCCUACAUCCAAAAGAAUGAAGACUCGACAGAAUAAAGACUCCAUGGAAGAUAGGGUGCAGCAGAAGGGGAGGAACAGCAACUCCAUGGAAAACAAGAUGUCGAUGCGGAGUGGUAGGAAGAAGGAGACUCCGGGGCCCCGAGAGGAGCUCAGGACGCGGGGCCGAGCCUCUCCAGGUGGCGUCAGCACUUCCAGCAGUGAUGGCAAGGCUGAGAAAUCCCGGCAAACUUCCAAGAAGGGUCGGGUGGAGGAGUCCAUGGCCCCUAAAGGAAGCAAGCAAAGCCGCCCGGAGGAGAUAUCGGAGAGCGAAGGAGAGGACACCAAUGCCCCAAAGAAAACUAAAACCGAGGAGCUGCCGAGGCCUCAGUCUCCCUCAGACGUUGACAGCCUCGAUGGCCACAGCUUCAACGAUGAGACAAGCAGCGACCCUCGCGACAUCGACCAGGACAACCGGAGCACCUCGCCCAGCGUCUACAGCCCCGGCAGCGUGGAGAACGACUCCGACUCCUCCUCAGUGCUGUCCCAGGGGCCGGCCCGCUCCUACCACCACCCUCCACUCUUCCCCCAGAGCCCCUCUCCUGCCCCCCUGGCAGAGGGCCUAGCUCGCCCACCAGAGCCAAACUUUGGCCUGGCAGGGGACGUCCACCCUCCGGGCCCCGCUGGCAGUUACCAGCCGCAACUUGAGGCCCAGGCCUCGAGGAUUUUCCAGGCGCAAGCCCCGCCGCCUCCCACUCUGUCUGCCAAUUCCUCUUCUUCCUCGUCCUCACCUUCCUCCUCUACCUCCUCCUCCUCCUGCACGACCCACGUCCCCCUCUACUCUGGCGCCAAUGUGGUCCAGAUGGGGCCCAAAGCAGUUGGUGCAGGGCCAGGCCUCCCCGCGCCAGGCGGGCGAGAGCAAGCCCUUGGCACCAAGCACAACCCGCCCCCGACAACCCCCAUUUCCUUGGCCCCGGUGGCGGGGGGUCUGCCCCCUCAGAAAACCCCUCCGAACAACUCCCCAUCGGUGCUCCCUUCCUCCGCGGCCGCUUUCCCCCACGUCCUUGCCAACCUGCCCCCGCCGCCCGCUCUGAGGCCCCUCAACAAUAUGUCGGCCGCCUCCAGCUCCCCGGGGGUGGCGGGGCAAGCGCUGGGCGGGCACCUCCCGCCCCCCCACGGGAUGGGCCAGGACAAGUCGCCCGUCCAUUCCCGCUACCCCUACGCCCCCGCCCCGCCCCCGCCCAGCUCUUCGGCCGCCCAGUACGCUCUGCCGCCCCCUUCCCAGGCCCUCCCCAGCUACAGCUCCUCCUACGGCCACUCUUUCCCCCAGCCCAGCAGCCUCUCCGUCGCCAGCCAGCCCCCCAAGUACACCCAGCCCUCCAUGCCCUCCCAGCCAGUUUGGAGCCAAGGGCCGCCGCCCUAUAGCCGCCCCCUGGGCAACGUCGGCUCACACCCUCCGGCCGCCUUCCCGGGUCAGGCUGCCCUGCACCAGCAGCAGCACCAGCAUCACAGCCACGCUAGUGGUGCGGGGGGCCCAGCAGCGGCUGCGGCAGCCCCCCAGGCCCCCGGAGGGUAUCCCCACCCAUUGGAGCCAGGCCCGCACCACCCGUCCCACGCCGCCUAUGGCCUCCGCCUCUACCCACCCCAUGGCCAUGCCACGUACAGCCAGGCCCCUUCUGCGUCUUCCUCUUCCGCCUCCUCAUCCUCUGCCUCUUCUUCUUCUUCUUCUUCUUCCACCACCUCCUCUUCUUCCUCCUCCUCUGCACCCCAGGGAACGUACCCGGGAGUCUGCAGCCACCCCCAGGGGCAAAACACAGCGGCCUACACAUUCCCACCGCCGCCACCGCCUUCGCCUGCCCACGGAGCCGGACCACCAGUCACCUCCGCCUCCGCCACCCUAUCCACCGUUAUCACCACCAUGGCCUCCACCUCGGCAGCCCCCUACAAGACGGCGUCGCCCCCGGCGGGGCCCCCCUCAGUAACCACCUACGGGAAGCGGACGGCCUCUCCGUCCCCCACCUUCCAGCCCCCGGCCCCCUACAAGCCGGGCUCCCCUCCUUCCUCCGCCUCCUCCUCUUCCUCAGCGUCCUCAUUUCGUGCUGCCACCCCACCGGGGUACAGGCUGGCCUCUUCCCCGGCGGGCGGGGGAUACAAGGCCCCUUCGCCAGCCCCCGUGGCCCCCCCAGCUGCGGGGGGCAUGCCGGCCCCUCCCCCUCCCUUGCCCCCGCUGCCCCUCAGCGCCGCACAGAUCAAGCAAGAGCCUUCUGAGGAAUACGAGCCCCCGGAGAGUCCGAUGCCCCCUGUCCGGAGCCCCUCGCCAGCCCCCAAGGUGGUGGACGUGGCAAGCCAUGCCAGCCAGUCUGCGAGGUUCAAUAAACACCUGGAUCGCGGCUUCAACUCCUGCUCACGGACCGAUCUCUACUUUGUACCACUGGACGGCUCCAAGCUGGCUAAGAAGCGGGCAGAUCUUGUGGAGAAGGUGCGCAGGGAGGCUGAGCAGAAGGCCCGGGAGGAGAAGGAGCGUGAAAGGGAGCGAGAGCGAGAGAAGGAGAGGGAGAGGGAGAAAGAACGGGAGCUGGAAAGAAGUGUGAAGGUGGCGCAAGAAGGCCGCGCAGUGGAGUGCGCCUCCCUGGGGCCCGUCCCUCACCGCCCGUCGUUUGAGCAAGGCAGCGCCGUUGCCACUGUCCCCCCCUACCUGGGCCCCGACACGCCGGCGCUCCGCACCCUCAGCGAGUACGCGCGGCCCCACGUCAUGUCCCCAAGCAACCGCAACCACCCCUUCUACGUCCCGCUGGGCGCGGUGGACCCCGGACUGCUGGGCUACAACGUGCCGGCCAUCUACAGCAGCGACCCAGCCACCCGGGAGAGGGAGCUGCGAGAGCGGGAGGCCCGCGAGCGAGACCUCCGGGACCGCGACCUGCGCGAGCGCCUCAAGCCUGGCUUCGAGGUGAAGCCCGCCGAGUUGGAGCAGCUGCACGCUGUGCCCAGCGCCACCAUGGAUCCUUUCCCGCGGCAUGGGGGGCUGGCUCUGCAGGCCGGCCCGGGCCUGCACCCCGCUUUCCCUUUCCACCCGGGGCUGGGCCACCUGGAGAGGGAGCGGCUAGCGCUGGCGGCCGGCCCUGCCCUGCGGCCCGACAUGUCCUACGCCGAGCGACUGGCGGCCGAGCGGCAGCAUGCUGAAAGGGUGGCCGCCCUGAGCAACGACCCCUUGGCCCGGCUGCAGAUGCUCAACGUGACCCCCCAUCACCACCAGCACUCCCACAUCCACUCCCACCUCCAUCUCCACCAGCAGGACGCCAUCCACGCAGCUUCUGCCUCUGUUCACCCUCUUAUCGAUCCACUGGCUUCUGGGUCACAUCUCACCCGGAUACCCUACCCAGCUGGUACCAUCCCUAAUCCGCUCCUUCCUCACCCACUGCAUGAAAAUGAGGUGCUGCGCCACCAGCUUUUUGCUGCCCCCUACAGAGACCUGCCAGGCUCUCUCUCGGCUCCGAUGUCGGCAGCGCAUCAGCUCCAAGCCAUGCAUGCACAGUCAGCAGAGCUCCAGCGCCUGGCCCUGGAACAGCAGCAGUGGCUGCACGCUCACCACCCUCUGCACGGAGUGCCGCUCCCGACCCAGGAGGAUUACUACAGUCACCUGAAAAAAGAAAGCGACAAGCCCCUCUAAGCAGAUCCCAUUCCCCAUGGCGACGUCAUUGACCUUCUUGCUGCUGCUGCUGCUGCUUCUGAAAGAGAGGAAGAGAGGAAGAUUUGACAACCAAACCCUGGAAGCUGCACAGUGACACAACUUCUAAUGUCGUUUAAUGGGAGAGGGACGAAAGCAGGCUGACCCCUGGCGGGAGGGGGGGUGGCGAAAGGGGAAGGACAAGCGGGGCGCCAAACACCAGGCAAGGAUUUCGAACCUAUGGCUAAAUGUGCCCUUGUAUCCUGUAAGCAAAGGUAUAUAAACCAUCGUGCAUCUAUUUUUCUGCCCUCCCCACCCCCUGCAAUCCUCGGGCAAAUUGCGGCCAGUCAGCAGGAACUUCGAAAGGCAUGGGGGAGUCUCCCAAAGUCCCCUUCCGCCAUGCCUUGACGCAGGAGAGAGUCCAGAAGACUCGCGGGACGUUUCAAGAAGGCAUGGCCACGUUCUUGCUCAGCCCCCCCGAGAGACAGGGGCCGAGCCGAGAGGUGCAAAGCACCACAGGACUGUUCCAAGAGGGCAGCUGCCGUUUUUCUUCGUAUCCAUGCCUAGAGGGAAGGAGCGCUGGCGAGCUGUGGGACUGUUUGAAGGAUGGCAACUGCCCGUUCCCCUCCCGUCUCGUGGGGGUGAGGAGGGCGGAGGUGGAUGCAGCCGAGUGACGAAAAAAAGCACGUUUGGGACUUUCCACGAUGGCAGCUGCCCCUUUCCCCCUCCACCCCCUUCCAGUUGAUGUACUUUUAACUCAUGCACAUUCUGUUAGACGUGGCGGUUUUGCGUAGCAAUUUGUGGUUCCUUGAUCUCCCCGUGUGUGUGUCUAAUCUCACGGUUGUAUAUCUUGAUCUGUCCUCAUAUAUAUUUACAUAAGAACAUUAAAAGAUGCCCAACUAUGGGAGGAGAAUCUCCCUACACACCCAA